AUGACCGGAUUACGGAAUGCACAUUGUGGAUUUGUGGGAGAUGAUUUGUGUGUUAGCUGCUACUACAUUGACAGUGAGCUCAAUGCUUAUGCCAUAUCUUCUGCUCAGCUCUAUUCAAACACCCCUUCGGAUUUUGAUUUUAAGCUUGAAAGCCUUGCUCAAGGUUUUCGCUGCUUGUCAGAUUUUAUGGAACACCUUGCUGCUUCAGUUGAUAUUGUGUUUCCUGUCAUCCAUGGUCCUUUUGGUGAAGAUGGUACUCUUCAGGUUCUUGCUUUUCGGGAUAUCAAUCCACAAGCUCCUGUACACAUUUUGAUCAUUCCCAAAGUUAAGGAUGGUUUAACCAGACUCGCUAAGUUAGAUGUGCACUUAUGGAAUUAUCAUGCUGCAGUUAACUCUAGAGUUAGCUUGAAUCCUUCCCCUACAAUGGACAUCAAUGCUGCCAUCGGCAAUGAGGACAUGGGUGGGGAAAUGGAAUUUGAUAUUACAAAGACAAACACCAUUGCCACCAAUGUCACUGUGCUCUGCUCUGCAUCAGUUUUGCAUUCUUGCCGCCCUUGAAGUCCUGAGUUCUAUUAGUUUUUGUAUACUGUCAGACAACAUAUGUUAGUGUUUAUGUGUCCAAAAAUAUAUAUGUUAGUGUUUAUAUGUCCAUUUUUUUUUUUUAGUUUUUUAAAGUGUAAUAUUACAAGUUAUUGAGGCAAAUAUAUGUGUUUUAUGUAUA